CACAGCCCAACUUCUGAAGCCAUGGCUCCUCGUCUUGAUAAGCAUAUGCAUAAGCUGAUUCUAGCUAAAAUCCGCGGAGGAGAUUCGAACGAAAAAUAGCCGAAGACAUAUCCAGUCCAGACCGCAUCGUCACUCCCCGUGCCAUCCGUAGAAUCCGAUCGACGUACACUCGAUAUAGGACAGCGACCACUCCAGCGAAGCGUACUGGUCCGGAUCCCAAGAUAACUCCGUUGAUGCUAGAUGCACUGUAUAUGCAGAUUGCGAAAGAACAGUAUAUGACUCGGCAGGAAAUGUCGACGUUUCUCUAUAAAAAAUACAACACGGAGGUAUCUGUGACUUGUAUUACCCGGGCGCUACAGGCCUGUCAAAUAACGUGGAAAACGAUGCGACACGUAGCUCUUCAACAGUUACCGCAACUUCGUCACUUUUAUCAGUAUCUGCUCAAAAUAGCUGGAGUAAAAGCAACUUAUUGUGUGUUUGUUGACGAAUUCGGUAUUAAUCUAUUUGAUGCGCUGCGAACGAAAGGAUAGGCUAAGGUAGGAAUUACACCCAUCCUAAGAGCUAAGUUCUAAAAAGAGAUAAGAGUCCAAAUCCUUUUAGCAUAUACACUUAAAGGCAUUAAAUUAUCGCGCGUUUUCACUGGAACAACAGAUAAGGAAUUGUUUAAAGACUUCAUUAAGUAGUUAUUACAUCCCUGUAGAAGAUGGCCAGAGCCGGAGUCUGUGAUUAUUAUGGACAAUGCUUCGUUUCACUUUUCAGAUAAAAUCGAACAUAUGUGCAAGAGAGCUGGCGUACGGCUAUUUAUGAUGGCCCCAUAUACCCCUCGAAUAAAUCUAAUAGAGGAGCAUUUUGGAGUACUUAAGACAGUUGCUAAAUCCAAACUUAGGGAGUACGUAGAUCUCAGGAGGAGGAGCUUUGAGGACUAUGUUAAGGCGUGUAUUAAAGCCCUUAGCAAUAGAGGUGAUAUUGCAGAGGGGCAUUUUCGCAAUGCGGGAUUCUAUAUAGAACGG